AUGUCAUCCCGAACAAAACAUAUAAUGGAGAUGGUUAAGCAACAAGCAAGUACUUCCCGUGUGCAGAUUGUGGAAUACACAGUUGAUGAAGACGGAUUUUUGUCUUCCAAUGAUGCACGAAUGUGUAGCAGUAUGAAUGAUGGAAAUCCUUACUCUCCAUUACUGAUAAGCACGGACUACAUUGGUAAAAUAGGCAAAGAGUUUAAUAAUCCCAGUAUUUCGACCAGUUUUGACCAUCACUCGGAAUUUCCGAUAGUUUUGAACAUAAAUGACGCUGAUACAAGUAAUAAUGAAGGGGAAAUCCUUUAUUUCUUAGAACCGGAACAGCUAGAUUUCGUCGAUAAUAAUAUUACGGCUAUUUCACCUGAAAACAACGAAUCUGAUGAUUCCUAUGUUCCUGAAGAAUGCGAGUCUGGGAUGAGUUCAGACAAUGAAGACAACAGCGAAGAAAGAAAUUAUAAACCACUAUCCGAUGAAGAUAGAAAUGAACCACUACCCGGCGAUGAUAGAAAUGAACCAACCGAUGACGGCUUAAAUAAUAUAAAAACUCGAAAGAAGAGAAAACGUCCUGAAGAUUGGCACUAUAACACAAAUAAAUAUAAACGUUUAAGAGGCCAACCGUAUCAGGGCAAAAAGAAAAUUGGAGAAACUGAAAAGUGUAGCGCGCAAUUUGUUGUUCUGCGAGUAAAAUACGCAAAGCUCAAAAAAAAAAUUAAGCUGAUGCCGUUAGGGGCUGGCGCCUAUGAGAUCGAUUGGCCCCAUUUCGAUGCCAUGGGGUUUCUAGACCCGUUUUUGACGACCAAGAAAACAACAUCCAACAUGCCAACCCUGGCAGUAGCCUCAACGAGCACUGCUACUCAACCCAGCAGCGUUUGGAGUAGCUUCCAGCAGUGUUUGGAAAGUGAAGCUUCUCAAGCAAGUUCUCAAGCUUUCCAGGCCGAAGAGCCUACCACAGGUUCCUCGGAAGUGGAAGAUUUUUUUUCACCUCCGGGGACACCAACGGAGGGUACGGCUCCAGCAUUGGGUCCCACCCCACCAACCAGGGUUCUGAAGAGGCAAGGAGUACAAAUAACUCCUCAAAGAAGUUUAAAAAAAAAGGACCCACAAGCAGUUAUGUGCGACAGUAUUACAACAGCUGUUGUUGGGUUUCACCAGCGAUUUUCAGGGCCCCCACCAUCGGAGACGACAACCACUGAUGAAAGUUUCGUCAAAAGUUUAUGCCGGGACAUGGAGGAGAGUCAAGAAAGAGAAGAGCCUGAAAUAUUAUCUGAUGGUAACAUAUCAGAUAUAUCUGAGAUUGACUCUGAAGCAAUAUGUGCUAUGUCAGACGAACAACUGAAAGAGCUGAUUCCUGCAUAUGGAACUAGAGCUGCUGUAAAAAAAUUUGCAAAAAGGGACUCAACCGCAACCACUUCUAAACAAAGUUUGAUAGAAAGACUAAAGGCAAAAAUGGACCAAAGAAAAGAAGGUUCUUCGCGCGGCAAAUCGGAUAAUCUAAGAAAAACCUAUAAACAAACGCGCAUAAUAGAAAUUGGUUGGCUUUGCAUGCACAAAAGAGAAGACCGUUACAAACAAGUAAGAGCUCGGAAUGGAGGUGGUACCAGACGUAUAGCCAUUGACAGAACUAGUCGAUGCACAGAAGUCCUUCAAAUGGCAAAAGAUUUGUUUUUUCCAAAUGGUAUGUCUACUAAAGGGCCAAUUUCAAAUUUUGAAGUGGAAUUGGUUGACUACAAAAGCCACAACUUUGAUGAAAACUUAUCAAUUCAAGAAAUGUAUGAUUUAGCAGCGUUGCCAACUCUUAGAUUUUAUUUGGCCACAACCCGUAAGAUUGGAGUCGAUGAAGAAGAUGAUGAGGAUUUUACAACAGAUGCUGGAACUCAUUUUCGAAGGAGUGCAAGACUAUCCGAAAGAACUACUGUGUCAGCGUCAGCAACUAGCACGAUCACUUCAUCUACAGUUGACCAAUUUCCAGCAAGUUAUGGAGUAAUAUCAUCCGUGAGAGAAGAGCCAGUAUUUGUAGAAAACAUCUCUACCUACCUAGACAGCUUCACUUCGGACAACGACUAUGAAGUUUCAGUUUUGCAGCUUCCUUAUGAAGUAGAGACUCUUCAAUCAAACCAUGAGCAGAAAGAAGAGUGGAAUGCUGUUGGCAAGAUUAUCAGUGCCAGUUUUUUGGCCGAAUCUUAUUUCCCCAUAAAACUUGCACCAGUAUUUAUCAAGGAUUGUUUGGGGGAGCCAACAGAAGAUGAAGAUGUACUGCAGAACUUUCUCAAAUAUGUUUCUGACUCUGAUGCAACAUUAUUAAAAACUGGGUUGGAAAAUUUCGAAAAGGUCGACCUGGAAGAUUUGCUUGAGUUUUGUAGUAAUGAUGGAAAAUGGAUACCUAAUAAGGAUAACUUUAAAAAAAUGCUUGUGCAAAUCUCCAAGGAGGAGAUGCUCCAAAAACCUUCAUUUGUUAAAAACUGCUUUACUGAGAACUUAAAUCCAAUAAAAAGUAUGCUUGAUUUAGCAAACAUUUAUUCGAAACUAGAAGCAAGCGAUGAAAACGUGAUUGCUUUGUUUAAUUCAGAUGACAAUCUUACAUCUGAAAAACAAAAAAUCAUCACCUUCUUAAAAAAAAUUAUAAAAGAAUGCGAUGAAAAAACAAGAGCAUCAUUUCUUAGAAUCUGCACUGGAUCUGAUCUUGCCAUAAAAAAAAUCAAAAUAGAAUUUAAUGAUACUGAGGGGAUGAAUCGCAAGAGCAUUUCACUAGGCUUAGCAGGGGUAAAGAAGAGUCUCCAGAAACAUCGAAGCCGACAAGAAAUUGGUUUGCUUUGUGACUGUAAAAAUAGAUGCAGGGAGAAGUUGCAAGGUAACCAUGAGCAAUUGUUUACAAAAUUUUGGGAUUUGGGUUCAUUUGAUCUCCAAAAUAGCUAUCUUUUUGGUUGUAUAAGAGCAGAAAAUAAGAAAAGGUCAAACAAGAAAAAACAAAUGAAUAAUGUUUCCAGAAGAAAGUUUACCGCUGAUUAUUUGGUUAAUAUAGGAGACGAAGAAAAAAAAAUAUGCAAAACCGAAUUCUUGAGUGUUCACGGUCUUCAGAAAUCUCGGGGAAAAGUUGAAAGGAUUCUUAAAAUGAAGGCAGGAGGGGCUAUGGUUCCUGAACCUGAUAUGCGUGGCAAACACAAUACUAGACACAAUAGAUAUUCGGACGAACAAAUUCAAUCUGUUAAAACUCAUAUUGAAUCAAUACCUAAAUAUCAAAGCCACUACAGCAGAGCCAAAAAUAUCGGUAAGCUAUAUCUGAACUGCGAUAUGACUAUUACUGGACUGUAUACAGAUUUCUAUGUGCCCUGGUGUAGGGAACAAAAUAUCAGUCCAGUUAAAGAGAGCGCUUACAGAAAAAUAUUCUGUACUCAAUAUAACAUGGGAUUCAAACUACCAAAAUCGAAUACCUGCAAGACCUGCGAUGAAAUGGGUAUUAAAAUUAAGGCGGCAAAGGAAGCUAAUAAUAUAGAGUUAGAAAAAGAGCUAACUACAUUUUUGAACCUGCACCAGGCUAGAGCUGACGCAAUGCAAAAAUUGCUCAAAAGUGAAAUAGACACACCUGAUAAAAAAAAUUAG